CACUUGAGGAGGAAUAUUCUUGUUGCACCGGUCAUGCUUUGGGAGAACGAUGGAAUGUCAACGGUGAAGAUCUACAUUCAGUCCUAUUUGUUUUGCCGUGCAAUAGUGUACCUUCAGUGGGAUAUCUAGAAAGCCAGUAUAUAGAGAAUAAUGGCUCGGGUGGUGAAAGGGUUUCGGACUAUAAGAAAUCACUGGAAAAAGUCCACAUUUGCUGUGUGUGUGCUGUCAUAUGGAGGACACUGGUUGUAUGGAAAGCACUGUGACAGUGUGCUGCGACGAGAAGCAUGUAUAGAGGCCAGGGAAUUUGGUCAUCAGUCAAUUGGACCCCAGGAGCAUCUGAAGAAAGCCACAGUCAUUCUGAAUCCUGCUGCCUGUAAAGGAAAAGCCAAUAAUUUGUUUGAGAAGAAUGCAGCUCCCAUUUUACACUUGGCUGGUAUGGAGGUUAAAAUUGUGAAGACUGAUUAUGAAGGCCAGGCGAAAAAGCUCAUGGAGUUAAUGGAGCAAACAGAUAUGCUGAUCAUUGCUGGUGGUGAUGGGACAUUACAGGAGGUGAUAACUGGCCUACUGCGCAGAGCAGAUGAGGAGAACUUCAGUAAAAUACCAAUCGGUUUCAUUCCUCUGGGUUCCAGUAACUCUCUAAGUCAGAGUUUGCAUCUAGUUUCAGACAACAAAGUACAGCACAUUACCUCAGCAACCCUGUCAAUACUGAAAGGAGAAACGGUUCCACUGGAUGUUCUGCAAAUAAAAGGUGAGAAGGAGCAGCCAGUGUUUGCUUUGUUAAGCUUACGUUGGGGUGCAUUUAGAGACGUCGCUUCUUCUAUUAGCAAAUAUUGGUACCUUGGCCCCUUGAAAACAAGAGCCGCACAUUGGUUUAGUAGCCUUAAGGAGUGGCCACAGAGUCACCAGGCGUCCCUCUCCUAUCUGGCUCCUGUACCUCGUCCACCUGACCUGCCCACUGACAUCCCACACAGGCCCAACCUCCUUUACCGCAUCUACCGCAGACUCCAGAACUACUGGAACCCUCCUAUAGAAGAGCCACCGGUAGAACCCGAGCCAGAGCAAUGGGAGAGCAGAGACAUUUCCACAUUGGAGCUCUCAGUUAGAACACACAAUAAGAACCCUGUGAAGAGACGGGUGGACGAUUCUAUGCUGAUAACUCUGGACCCAGACUCCCUUACAGUUGGUCAGUUCAUCACUGAGGGGACUAAGAAAGCAGUAAACCCAAUGGAGUCCAUAGAAAAUACUUUGCAGAUAGAAGCCAGUGCUGCUUGUCUCAAUCUCCCGGAGGAGGGCGCUGGAUUUUAUGGCAUUGACAAUGAGGAAUACGAGGCAAUGUCUGUGGAAGUGAGACUGUUGCCACGGAAACUGAGGUUCUUUUGCAAUGCUGAGCGCAGAGAGCAGCUUGCACAGGCUCAGUGAUGACAGUGCCGUGAUAAUGUUGGUUACAUAACAUUGUGUAGAGGACUGCAGAUUAUUUGAGACGUUUUCCUAAAACUACAAGAGAGAAACUGGAAAACCAGUGGAGUCAAAUGAACUUUGAGUUUUUAUAAAGUCAUCACACUCUAAGAAGAACAUUUUGUG